UUAGUGUUCUGUGCAUAGGGUUUGUGUGGUGUGUGUGGAGAAAAUGUGAGAAGAGGAUUGCUCGGGGAUCUCGUCUAUCUGCGAAUCGCGAGAAUGUCUGGAUUCUAGGAUGGUGAAAUUUCGUCACAGAUGACUACGCCGCGGCUGGAUUCAAGAAAAUUCUCCGGGAAUCGGCAGCGCGAGCUCGGCGAUGAUGAAUCGGAGGAGCAGCAGCAGCAGCAUCGGGAGCUUUGCGCCGUGGGAGACAUUCCUCAUCAGCGAGCACGCCUCCAAUCUCGGCAAAGCGGGAGAGAUUUCUUUCCUCCCCUGCCAUGUCCAGCAGCAAGCGAGCUGGAUCGCGGGGAAGCAAUCCGCCGGCGCGCUUCCGGGAACCUGGGCCUUCUGCCAAAAGGAUGAGGUGAUGGAUCGUGGACGCGUAGGAAAUGGUCAGAGCGUCCUCCUCGAGAAUCAAAAAAUGAUCCAUCAAAUGUCCACGGUCGUGGACAAGACCGAUUUCGAGGCUGUCAAGAGGGAGAGUUUGCGUGUGCAUCGCUCCAGGCUCGAGUUUGAUGUGUCCAGGCUCGAGAAAAGGCUGCAAGAGGAGCGCGAUUUGCACUGCGCUUACACGACCGCCCACGAAAACGCAAUGGAAGCCAUCUCCAGUCUCCCCAGUCAUCUCCCAGUCAGUGCACAGAAACUUCUCCUGGAUGUGGCCACGCUCGAGUUCUCUGUUUCCAAGCUAGAGGAACAGAUGCUGACUCUACAAAGCCAAGUUUUCAAAGAGCGGUCCGCGUAUGAAAAGUCCCAAUCGACGCUGCAAGGCUUAUCACAGACGGUGACCGAGGAGGAGCCUGGCACUCAGGCUUCGUGCUUAUCUCCAAGCUCACAGGGCUCGUCAUACUUAAAGCCUGUCGCGAGGGGCCGACCACCAUCGCCAGCCACACCAUGCGCCGUAGAGGCCUUUAGCGAUCAAUCAAGUGGCGCUUCAACAGAGGCAAAUGGUGAUCAUCAGGCGGGCGAGAAGCAUCAUAGCUCGGAGGACGUACUCACUCUCGAGGAUUACAGAAAAUCUUCCGCGGACGAGGAGAGUGAGUGGCGGUUGCGGAAUGAGGAGGAGCAAGCCGUGACGACUUCUGGAAAGUGGGAAUCAAGGGACGUGUCAGGCAAUCUAAACGACUGCGGCACAGAAGCUCCCCCGGUGGAAGAUAUCGUGGCGGAAUCUCUCGUGUCGGAAGCGCUUUGGCGAUAUCCCAACAGCUUGUCAGAGCAGAUGGUGCAGUGCAUGGUGGAUAUUUAUCACCACCUUUCCGGCCGUUCGACGCCACACUCGAAAUCAAUUCCCCGGGACAUGCCAUCGCCAACGUCGCCGUUUGUUCAUCUGGUCUCAUCGUCACUGUCAUCGGUAUCGGAGUCGUCAUUCGUAUCCUUUGCGAGGAGCCCGCUUGUUGAUUGGAGAAACAAAGCGGGAGUUGCCGGACAAGACAGCGUCUUCGAUCCAUACACCAUGGAAGGAAAGGUUAUGCUGCCAGAGAUUGGAGCGUAUCAGACAGCCGCCGAGGUUUCGUGGAUCUCUGUGGGGAAGAGACAGCUCAAUUAUGCUGCCGGCGCACUUCAGAGAUUCAAACUAUUGGUGGAGCACUUAUCAAGAGUAGACCCGAGCAGCAUGAGGCAUGUGGAAAAACUUGCCUUUUGGAUCAAUGUACACAACGCGUUGAUGAUGCACGCAUUUCUUGCCUACGGAACACCUGAUAACGAAGCGAAGUACUUCUCUCUCAUGCAAAAGGCAAGCUACGUAAUUGGGGGCCAUUCAUUUAAUGCGAUCACUAUUGAAUAUGCGUUUCUAAAAUCCCGGGCAUCCACAUAUCGGCCUCAACUGGAGUUGCUUUUGGCACUAAAAGAGAUCAACCUGUCAGAGCAGCAAACGAAGUUUGGCAUAUCUCAUGCAGAGCCUCUGACGCUGUUUGCGUUGUCGUUUGGUGCUUGGUCGUGCCCAGCGGUACGAAUAUAUACAGCGGAAACAAUCUACGAGCAACUGGAGGUAUCUCUACGCGAUUAUCUGCGAGCAUCCGUCGGGAUCAACCACAAGAGCAGCAAGCUCAUGGUUCCAAAGCUGCUCUACGCUCACGUUCGCGAGACGCAGGGCAGCGAGGUCUCGCUAGCCGACUGGAUCUGCGCGCACUUGUCCAGCUCCCAGCUUCGUUUCGUCAUGAGCUCUUUGAAACGGCGAAAGCAGCGCGGCCACAGCGCAGUCCAGGUUCUUCCAUUUGAUUUUCGCUUCCGGUAUCUCUUUCUCGCUGAGAUCUAGCUAGCUGAAAGGCGAGGACUCGCAGCGGUCGGAAAAUCACACCCGAGAGUAGGAAAGGAAACGCUGAGCUCCAAAAAUUUUUGCUCGAUCGAUCGAACGAUCGUUUAGACCGAAGCUAGAGGAAGUCGACACUCCCAAUUCUUUGAGCGCGUGGAUCGUGUAAAAGAAAGCUCCUUAGGAUUUGUACAUACAAGUUGGCGGGAAGAUCUCAAAAAUCUAAAUAAAAAAUGUGCAGCUUUUUCAAAAUUCAAA